AUGAGUGAAUUUGUUCAACAAUUUUUGAAUAGUGAGAAAUGUGCAGAGAGCCUUUUUGCUGCCGAUUGUUUGAAAUUAAUUUUGUCCAAAUUGUUGGGAACUUUGGUCAUUCUCGGAUCAGUUCUUUACAAGGUUCCACAAAUUAUUACCAUCAUGAAAAAGUCAUCAGUUGAAGGAUUGUCUGCUUUAAUGUUUAUCUUGGAAAUAUACAGUCAAGUCAUUACUCUUGGAUACAACUAUCGUAGUGGUUAUCCAUUUAGUACCUAUGGCGAAUAUAUUUUCAUGAUCAUCCAAAAUAUUAUCAUUCUCGUCUUUUUCUUUGUUUACUCAAAGAAGAAUGAUAUUGUCUUUUCCUUCUCAAGUGUUGCAUUCCCUGUAUUUUUCUACUUUGUCAUUUUCGAUACAAUUUAUGUAACUGAAACUGUUAUUGGAUCAUUGUUUGCUCUCACUCUUCCACUCUUCAUCUUUUCUAGAGUUCCUCAAAUCAUCAAGAACUUCUCUCAAGGUGGUGUUGGUGCCUUAAGUUUCAGUACUACCUUUAUGCAAGUUGCUGGUUCAUCUGCUCGUUUGUUUACAACCUUGCAAGAAGUUGACGACCAACUCAUGUUGAUUACUGCUGGUUUGGCUGUUGCUUUGAACGGUAUCAUCAUGGCUCAAAUUAUUUAUUAUAACAUGAUUAAGGGAAAUACAACCACUACCACCAGCACCGAAAAACCAGAGUCUUCAACUGCUGCUAGCACAACACCAAAGAAGAAAAAAUCCGCUAAAAUAGAAUAAACACAGAGAACAUGUAAAAACAAAA